ACGGUGAUCAGGUUAGUGUGCGCCGCGGGUGCUGGGGGCUCGAGAACCGAGCGGAGCUGGUUGAGCCUUCAAAGUCCUAAAACGCGCGGCCGUGGGUUCGGGGUUUAUUGAUUGAAUUCCGCCGGCGCGGGAGCCUCUGCAGAGAGAGAGCGCGAGAGAUGGACAUGGACAAACGGAUUCAUUUAGAGCUGCGGAACAGGACGCCCUCUGAUGUGAAAGAGCUUGUCCUGGACAACUGUCGGUCAAAUGAAGGCAAAAUCGAAGGCCUCACAGAUGAAUUUGAAGAACUGGAGUUCUUGAGUACAAUCAACGUAGGCCUCACCUCAGUCGCAAACUUACCAAAGUUAAACAAACUUAAGAAGCUUGAACUAAGCGAUAACAGAAUCUCAGGGGGCCUGGAAGUAUUGGCAGAAAAGUGUCCGAACCUCACGCAUCUAAAUUUAAGUGGCAACAAAAUUAAAGACCUCAGCACAAUAGAGCCACUGAAAAAGUUAGAAAACCUCAAGAGCUUAGACCUUUUCAAUUGCGAGGUGACCAACCUGAACGACUACCGAGAAAACGUGUUCAAGCUCCUUCCUCAGCUCACGUAUCUCGAUGGCUACGAUCGGGACGACAAGGAGGCCCCCGACUCGGACGCCGAGGGCUACGUGGAGGGCCUGGAGGAUGACGAGGAGGAUGAGGAUGAGGAAGAGUACGAUGAAGAUGCUCAGGUAGUGGAAGAUGAGGAGGACGAGGAGGAGGAGGAGGAAGGUGAAGAGGAGGAUGUGAGUGGAGAGGAAGAGGAGGAUGAGGAAGGUUAUAACGAUGGGGAAGUAGACGAUGAGGAAGAUGAAGAGGAGCUUGGUGAAGAAGAAAGGGGUCAGAAGCGAAAACGAGAACCUGAGGAUGAGGGAGAAGACGAUGACUAAGUGGAAUAACCUAUUUUGAAAAAUUCCUAUUGUGAUUUGACUGUUUUUACCCGUACCCCCCUAAAUCCCGCUCCCCGAAACUUAUUUUUUUCUGAUUGUAACGUUGCUGUGGGAACGAGAGGGGAAAAGUGUACUGGGGGUU